AUGGGUCUCAUUAAAAAGGUAACCACAUGGUCACAAGACCCACAACGGUUGGAUUACCUCUCAGUGAAUCCUACAAGAGAUGAAGUUACACACUAUAAAGUUAAUCCACAAAUUGAAUCCGAUGAAUCCAUUGAAAAAACUCAAACUAUGAAGGAUUUCGUAAAUAUAACGUGUCUAGAUUAUUCAGAGACUGUACCUGGCAUGGUUGGUAUUGGUGAAAGAGAAGGUUUUGUCAAAAUUUUCGAUAUUUUCCAAAAUGAGCAAGAACUAUGCGUUAGAGCCAAACAACAACGUUGUGUUAAUUCAAUUGGUAUAAACAACGUGGGAAUGGUUGCCAUGGGACUUGAUAGAAUAAGACAUGACUCGUCUUUAAAAGUGUGGGACGUUAAUUACCAGAAACAAGGAGAAGAAAUUGUCAAUACGACAUUUGAAUAUUGUGUUAAUGAAUCAAUCGUUUCAUUGAAAUUCUUAAAUGAUAUUAAUCUCAUUGUCGCAAGUACAAAGUUUUUGAAAGAAAUUGAUUUAAGAGUGAAAAAUCCUGUUUAUCAACAUCCUACAAGGCUUUCUUAUGACAUUAAAUUGAAUCCCUUCAAUGAAUGGCAAUUUAGUACGUACGGAGAUGAUGGAACACUUGCAAUUUGGGAUAGAAGAAAAUUAGUGGGCCAUCUAGUAAGUGCUGAUUUGAGUGUUGCAACACCAUUAUUAACUUUUGAAAAAUUAGUUGGAGCAGGUGCUGCAUCAAGAAAAUACAUGAAUUCAUGUUUUCGCUGGUCGACUAUUCACAAGGGGGAAUUCGCUACACUUCAUAGAGGAGACACUAUCAAAAGAUGGAGGUUGGGCUCUUGUACUGAUGUUGAUGACUAUGGUAACAUGAAUGAGAACCUUUUUGUUUCUAGAGUCUUUGAUAUUACUACCACUUUCGAUAGAGUGGCCACAUUUGAUUAUAUUCCAAAAAGCAAGCAUACCACAAGUCUCAUCUGUAUGAGACAUUCAGGUACAGUAUAUAGAAUGCCAGUUAUUGAAAGUUAUUCCAAAGCGGUUUUUAAUUACAAUAAUUCACUACUUCUCACAAAUUCGGAAGUUCCUAUAAUCGAUGAGUUUGAAGUUAAUCAAAAGCAAGAAAAAUCAAACCCACAAAAUGUUACAACGGGAUUAAAAAAUUUGUCCUUCGAAGAUCUUGCUGCAGUAGAUGAUUAUACCCCAAAUGACAUGAGAAUGGACAGCAGUCUCACUUCUGAUGAGGACUAUGCUGAUGAGCAUCAUAAUCACCUUCAUCAUAGUGAUGAUGGUGAAAAUGAUCCUCUUUAUGAUGCAGACGAGGAUCCCCACAAUCUUUUAGAAGAAGAUGCAGACUUCAAUCUAUAUUGGAAACCAGAAAGACUUUUACAAAAAGAUAUUAGUGUGAUUAUGCGAAUGAGAGCUAAAGUGGGAUAUGGUUUGGACCCAAUCACCACAGUCGAAACCAUUGAUAAGUCAAAAGCUUUACAAGACAAUACGUACAUCAGAAAUACAUGGAGAUGGAUUGCGAUUGCCAAAGCGUCGGUUGAUGACGGGACUAUGGUUUCUGGUGACUUGGAUCUAGGGUACGAAGGUAUCUUGGGCAUUUGGAAUGGGCUGAACGGAUUUUCAAAUCAAAACCGAUACAGGGAAGACACUAUAUUAUCUGAUAAACAGUUAAAUAAAGAAAUGGAAAAGAUUAUACGACUGAGGAAGAGAAAUAAAGGUGGCUCCAGUCAUAAAAAUCUGAUGUCAAAGUUUUCUGAUUCACCAAAAAUUAUUCAGAGAAGGCUUUGUUUAAUCAUAUCAGGUUGGGAUUUAUCACCUACUGACUACGAAGAGAAAUAUAAUUUAAUUAUCAAGAAUGGUCACUAUGAAAAGGCAGCAGCCUGGGCAGUUUUUUUUGGUGACAUUCCAAAGGCGGUUGAAAUUCUAGGAUCAGCCAAAAAGGAAAAACUGCGAUUAAUUGCCACAGCUAUAGCAGGUUAUAUGGCAUACAAAGAUCAACCUGGGAAUAAUGCAUGGAGACAACAAUGUAGAAAGAUGUCAUCAGAGUUAGAAGAUCCUUAUUUGAGGGUCAUUUUUGCAUUUAUUGCUGAUAAUGAUUGGUGGGAUAUUUUAUAUGAGCCAGCAAUUUCUUUAAGAGAGAGGCUUGGUGUCGCUUUGAGGUUUUUGAAUGACGUGGAUCUGACUCGAUUCUUAGAAAGAACGUCUUCUACUGUUAUAGCCAAUGGGGAAUUAGAAGGAAUGAUUUUGACGGGUAUUACGCCUAGUGGAAUUAAUUUAUUACAAUCAUACGUACAUAAGACUAGUGAUGUACAAACUGCAGCAUUGAUUUCAUCAUUUGGUUGCCCCAGAUAUUUCCAGGACCAAAGAGUCGAGGAAUGGGUUGCGACGUACAGAACAAUGCUAAAUUCUUGGAAAUUGUUUUCAAUGAGAGCAAAAUUUGAUAUUUUGAGAACAAAGCUCUCCAUAAAUAGUACUGGUGAAAAGACUAUUAAAGUCAAGUCCAGACAACUUUAUGUGCAAUGUAUAAACUGUAAGAAAAACAUUAACAGCCCAAUAGCAGCUUCCGGAAGUAAUCAGAAUUUAAAUGCUACUAAUCAGAAAAGAUUAAAUUCAGGUGGCAUAGAGGAAAAAGUGCAGCACAGAUAUGCAUGUCCACAUUGUGGGACUCCAUAUCCACGGUGCGCCAUUUGUCUAAUGCCAUUGGGAACCUCUAAUUUGCCCUUCAUAAUCAAUGGUGUCCAAACUGAUGAAGAACUGAGACUGAUAGAAGAUAAUAUGGCUGUGACAGGCAUAAGUCCUCAGUUAAAGGAAGAAUGCGAAUCCACCAUCGCGAGAAGAAUAUUGAGGCUGAAUGAGUGGUUUAGCUUUUGUUUGACCUGCAAUCAUGGUAUGCAUGCAGGACAUGCCGAUGAAUGGUUCGCUAAACAUAGUAUUUGCCCAACACCAGGAUGCCGUUGUCAAUGCAACAGGAAAUAA